AUUAGUUAGUAUUAAGGACAAUGGUACGGGAAAUUGAAUUCAGUUCAUAUUCGGAAGCUAGAGUUGAUGCUGUUCUUCUGAUCCUUUUCGCAAAAUCCUCCUCUUUAAUCCAUAUCUGGCCCUCCCCACACUACCCUGCAACUUCAUUGAACUGAUGCAGCUAGCACAGUUUAACGGUUAAUCCUCCAGACGAGAUUCUAUCUUUCAAAAUCUUGAGAUAUGAGCAGGCAGAGCAGCCAGAUCGAAAAUGUGUCAAUUGACUUACGAAAUCUAGAUGGGAUCGUUCUAGAUGGAGAAUCUGACAAGGAAAAUGGAGGAGACAGUAGCAGAAGGCCAGCGGUGGAGGACAUCCUUAAAAACCGUGAUAAGGCAAUGCAUAGAUGGAACACGCUCUUCAUCAUUGUCUGUGCAUUUGCGGUCUUCGUUGAUCCUUUGUUCUGUUAUAUCCAUGUCGUUGAGGAGGACUAUACGUGCUUCGAUUACGACUUCAACUUGUUCUGGAUAUAUUGUGGUUUACGAACAGCCUGUGAUGCAUUUUAUGUAAUCGACAUUAUCAUUUUCCUCUGUGGAAUUUGCAAGAAACGUAAAGGUAAGAUAUUUGUGUCAUGCGGGAAGCCAAGCAGUGAGAAAAAAAGGGCACUUCCAUUGAAAGAAAUAUUCAGGAAACGGUGCUUGCUUCCGUUAUCCAUUCUACCUCGGAUUUUGGUUUCCCUUCCCAUUCCAGCGGUGCUCUUGGGCUUAAUAAUUUUUCUUGCCAGCAACUACGAAAUUUACUUGGAUCCAUUUUUUGUUAUUAUUAUUAUCACCCCUUUUCAGUACACACUACGGAUCUUUCUCAUCUAUGGAUCUCAAAGGUGGCGUCCUAUCAAAAAGACUACAAGAGGAAGAUGGCUUAAACCUUUAUUGGAUUUUCUUCCCUUCAUCCUUGCUUCUCAUUUAUUUGGAGCAUUGUGGUAUCGUCUUGCUAUACAACGACAUAUAGAUUGUUGGAAGUCACACUGUCAAGAAUUAACAGGAAAAUCGUGUUGUUCAUCUUUUAAUGCUUUCGAAUGUGGGACGACGAUCAACGCCAAGCGUGUGCAAGAACUAUGCCCUACAAAAGUUGCAGAUCCAAAAAUCUUCGACAUUGGUAUAUAUUCUUAUGCUGUUCAGUCCAAUGUGACAUGUCGAUCAUCCCAUCUUUUGCAAAGGAUGUCGCUAUCUUUCUGGUGGGCUCUAAGGAAUCUAAGUUCUUUUGGUUCAAACCUCAACACGAGCAUGGAUACGCUAGAAAACUUCUUCUCAAUUGUAAUAUCUAUAUGUGGCAUGGCGCUUUUUUUAGUAUAUCUCAAUGCAAGAGUGCAGGAGUCACAAUCAAGGUCAAAUCAGCAUAAACUGAAAGAAAAGAAGCAAUUGAUGAAACCGGAUAUAGAUCUGUGGUUAUCUAAAAAUGAUCUCUCCCACGUGAAGAUAACGACCAAGGAGUCUAAGGAUCUGAAGACAACGAUGAAGAAAAAGACUCUGAAGACGGUGAUCAUUGAAAACAUAGACAAACUUGAAGAAAACAAAGACAUUGAUUUGCAAAAUAUCAUCAAUGUUCUUCCCAUAAAAUUCAAAAAAACAUCACCCAUCUCCUCUGUUUGGCUUCACUAACAAAGGUGCCAACGGUUGCAAAUUUGAAUGCCAAAAUGUUGAAAGUGAUUUGUGAGCAUCUGAAGCCAGUCAUUUACACUGAAGACAACUACAUUGUUCGAGAAGGGAAACCACUUGGUAUGAUGCUCUUCAUCACACAAGGACUCGCAUGGAGCUACACAACCGAACACAUCAAUGGUGGACGAACAAGCUUUGAUUCUUCAAGUAAUGAGUGGUUAAAGAAAGGUGAUUUUUACGGAGAAGUGCUGUUGAAUUGGGCAUUCAAGUCUCCCUCCUUCUCUUCUUUACCAAUCUCCACUAGAACUGUUAUGUCCCAAGAAAAAGUUGAAGCAUUCACUCUAAGGGCUAGCGACUUGAAGAGUAUAGUCUGCAAAUUCUGGUGGCAUUUUACCAGAGAGCUCGAGCAAGUGGAGCUAGAACAGUGGGAGAAUGCAGCAGCUUCUUCAAUACAAGGAGCUUGGCGCAACCGUUUGGCAAAGGCUAGGCGUUCAAAUCGCUGGGACAAAUUUACCGCCCAUUAUUAGUGUAUAUUAUGUAAGUACUCUACUGAAACAAAGAUUUUCAUUUUGUAGUUAUUUUUAUUUUUAGGUGUUACAAGGCUUUUUCUUUUAUUUUAUUGAGUUGUUGUCUAGCGAGUAGUGACUCCUUUUCAUAUGUUUGUAUACAUGGAGUCCUCUCAGAUAUACAGAUCCAGUAAUAAGGUUAAUUGCUUGUUUAUACCAUUUUAAUCUACAGUUAUCAACAUUUGAGUUGGAUC